AUGAUUACGAUGUUAAAUUGAAUUAAUAAACUGUUUAGGGACUNUAUUUCAAAUCUAAGUUUUAUUAGUGGUUUAUUUGCAGUGAAAAUUGGGUAAUAUUCAAUUGGGAACAAAAUUGGAAAAUGGAUAAUAUAGUACCAGGAUUAAAUCAUGUAUUUUAAUAUAUUACUUAAGUGGAGGAGGAUAUUAUGAUGAAUAAGGAUAAAAAGUUGGCAACUGGGUCGAAGUUCAUGAAAAAUUUAAUUGGUAUAUUUUUAAUUAAUUUCUUAUUCACUGCCAAAUAACUUUUCAUGGAUUUUAUAAAAAUGGGAAAAGAAAUGGGUUUUGGCAAUAUUUUUACUACUUGACUCUAUUAAUGUAUAAAUUUAUUUUAAGCCAAGGGGACAUGGCCGAUUUGAUGAAAAUGGAGUUAAAUAGGGAAAAUGGGUAGAGUUAUUUUAGAAUUUUUGGAGGUUUUUAUUUUUUAAAUUUAUCAUAGCUCGUGUCAAAUUACUGAAGAAGGAGAAUAUUAAAAUGGAAAAAGAGUAGGGCUUUGGUAUACUAUUGAGAACAAUAAAAUUAUGUAAAUACGUUUUACUACUAUUUAUAAGAUCUGGAGGAAUUUAUAAUGACAAAGAAUAAAAGAAUGGUAUAUGGAGAGAUUUGCACGAAAAUUUCAGCUGGUAGGAUUGUUUAAUACUUUAGCUUUUGCGAAAUAUCUUAUGAAGGGUAAUAUAAGUCAGGUAUCAAAGUUGGAUACUGGAAAACAAUUUUCUAAUCUGAGCAGCACGUGUAAAAGAUGCAAUAAUAAUUUAGUGGAGGUGGAAAUUAUGAUGAGAAAGGUAUAAGAAAUGGCAGAUGGGCUGAUUUAGACGAAAAUUUUAAUAGAAAUUUUGGCACGUCCUUUGUUUAAUAUAUAUAAAAUUAUGAAUGUGGUCUAAAAAAAGGAGAGUUGACAUAACAACCCUUUCGAUGA